UAGAUAAGGGAGUUUAAUGGAUUAUUUCAAAUCAAUAUAUGUAAUUCCAGAUGUUUGCAGAUUGUUUUCAUGUUAUUUUAUACUUGCAUUCCAAGUAGUAGCACAUAAAGGGUUGUUUAAAGUGGAAGGUUCAAAGGUAGAUACCAUCCUUAAAGGACCAAAGUGGUUUUUUGUUUUAGCUCACUUUGAUGUUUGUGGUUUUGUUUGCAAUGAAUCAUUUCUCCUAAAUUUCAUAAUUAUAAAGCCUUUUAAUGAAAAUAACUUUUAAUUUCAGAAUAAAGGCUUCUGCAUGCUGAUGUUUUCAGUGAAAAUCUUGAUGGAUUCUUUCUCUGAAAUCAGGGCACUCAUCAUAUUUGAAGAUGUUCGAGAUGCUGAAGAUGCACUUUAUAACCUCAAUAGAAAAUGGGUAUGUGGCCGUCAGAUUGAAAUACAGUUUGCACAAGGUGAUCGCAAAACACCAGGCCAAAUGAAGUCCAAAGAGCGUCACCCGUGCUCCCCAAGUGACCACAGGAGGUCUAGAAGCCCCAGCCAAAGGAGAUCUCGAAGUCGAAGUUCUUCUUGGGGAAGAGACAGGAGGCGAUCCGAUAGCCUGAAAGAAUCUCGACACAGGCGGUUUUCUUACAGUCAGUCUAAGUCUCGUUCCAAAUCACUACCAAGGCAGUCUACCUCAGCAAGGCAAUCAAGAACUCCAAGGAGGAAUUCUGGUUCUAGAGGACGGUCAAGAUCCAAAUCCUCACAAAAAAGGCCCAAGUCAAUGGGAAAAUCACAAUCACGUUCACCUCAAAAGCAGACUAGCUCAGGAACAAAAUCAAGAUCACGUGGAAGACACUGUGACUCCAUAGCAAGAUCCCCAAGCAAAUCUCCGAGAGGGUACAGCAAUUCCCAAGCUAAGGCACAGACAGCAAAACACUCUCAUUUUCAUCCACAGUCCAGAUCUCGGAGUCAUCAUCAAAACAGUUGGUGAACGGCAGCAUAGCACUGCAGUCUGUACUAUUAGUUACUUGAGCUCAUUAUGUUAAAUAAAAAUUCAUCACGGCUUCUAGAAAUGUGAGCUGAUAUUAGUUACUUUCGGCAUGUGGAAGAAAUAAAAUCACUCUAGCUCUGGAUUCAUAAAUAUUUGGUCUUGAUUUAAGGGCUCACACCACAAAUCACUGUGUGUACAGUGUCACAUUUUGUGGGCUGUAUCUUGCUCAUGUUGUAGCAGGGCGGUACUUUUCAAGGGAAAUGGAUAAAAUGGAACCAGUAUGGAAAAUUCUACUUAGAUAUUAAAUAUUAUCAAUAAUAUACUUUACAAAAAUAUUUUCAACUCUAAAGCACUUUUCAUGUAAAAAUAAUUGUGACUGUAUAUAAUUGGACAGGGCAGACUUAAACUUUUUGACACCUAUGUCUCUUGUGACUUCUGGUUUAAGCUUGGACCAGUUCCUGGUAGAUAACUAGUACUAGAUUACGAGAUCUCAAAAUAGAAUUUGUAUACAGAGUCUAUAAUCAUUUCAAAAAAAUAGCAAAGGUCAACAGCAAAGGUCAGUUGACAUCAAAUUGUAUCCUAUACCACGUUCACUUAAAAUGUGAAAGCCAGGUGUGAUGAUGCAUGCCUGCAAUCCCAGCACGACAUAGGGUAGGAGGAGCAGGACCAACCUGGGCAACAUAGUGAAUUCAAAGUCAGCCUGGGCUUUAUGAGACCCUGUCUUUAAAAAAAUUUUUUAAGUGAGACUGUUUUAGUACUAGAUUUUGAGUGCUUUAAGGCUACUCUAAAAAUUAUGGUGUGGAACACUCAGAAUCCAAAAAUAUUCAUAUAAGCCUUACACAUUUGAAGUAUAGUA